UUUAUUUUUGUGUCAUAAUUCCCGGCCGAAAAAAUAGUCUAUCCAAAAUUUUUUAAUCAUUGUACUACAUAGUUAAAUCACACAGUUUCCGCUUUUAAUUAACACAUUAAUUAUGUAUUAAUUAGUGUAUGUAACUUUAACAUUAAGCCGCAGAAGAAACCAAGUAAAAAAUGGCAGUGCUUGGUGCACAAUUGGUGAUUACACUACUCACGUUGAGUGUUAUACAAAAAUUGAGUCCACAUUUUUCCUUCGCUAAGUGGUUAUUAUGCGCUACUGGGCUUUAUCGCUAUUUACAUCCAUCGGACGAUGAGCUGCGUAUGCUAGCUGGUGUGCCCAAGGAGAAGCACACGAAAGGUGGUGGUGGUGGCAAAGGUAAUAAGAGCUAUAAGACACUAAAUGGCACCGGACAAUUUCAUAUACCACGCAGCUUAGAAGUGCAAUUGGAGACGACACCAGUGGUGGCGCGUGAUGUUGUAAACCUCAGAUAUUUCACUGAAUACCAGUGGCUAGUCGAUUUUAGUGCAUAUGCUGCAGUUGUAUAUACUUUAUCAGAGAUCUAUCACUACUAUUUUCCGCUGAAAAAUGAAUUUAACCUCAGCAUGAUUUGGUGUCUGUUGGUUGUCUUUUUCUCGCUCAAAUUACUAUCGUCGCUUACAUGGUUGUAUUUUCAAAAUGAAGAGUCGAUCGGUGAACGCUCCAUGGUUAUAGUAGCCUGCCUUGUUUAUCUACUAAUUGCCAUGAUUGUGCUUAUUAUUGAUGAGCGGCACCUCGAGACUGGACUGGAGCACGCAUAUAGUAGUUUUAAUGAGAGCGCAUCACAGUUCCUAACGGAACAGGGUUUGCCAUCAUCUGGUCCCGCCUCAAAGCUGAUUGUUAAGCUCUGCAUGGCUGUCUGUUGCGGGAUCUUAGGCGCUAUAUUCACCUUUCCAGGCUUACGUAUGGCAAAAAUGCAUUGGGACUCCUUGAAAUACUGCAGCGGACGUAAAAUUCUACAAUUGAUACUCAACAUCAGUUUUGUUUUACCUUUUCUACUGAUAAUACUCUGGAUAAGACCGAUAAGCAGAGAGUAUCUGACGGAGCGUGUAUUUGAGGGCAUGGAGAAGCCAUUACUUUCAGUGGAGGCUUUUGAGACAAUGCGUCUGCUUAUUGUCAUUUUAGUAGUUUUACUGCGUUUCGCUUUAAUACCAAUCUAUUUGCAAUCCUAUUUGAACUUGGCGCAUGAUAAAAUUGUCGAUUUACGUAAAGAAGCCGGACGCAUUACAAAUGUGGAGUAUCAGAAGAAGAUUUCCUCCAUAUUCUACUACCUCUGCGUGGUCACACUACAAUUCGCCGCACCACUCUUACUCUGCUUGUAUCUGACAUUGAUGUACAAGAGUUUAGGUGAAUUCACUUGGUCGGGCAUACUAAAAGCUAGCACCAGCAAUGACAGCAGCAUUUGCAUCGAUAUGUGUUCAUUAGACGGUAUGUCUUUUGACCUUAAUGAAGAGGAUAUGGUGGAUCCUGCCACAGCUGGCUUGCCGCCCGUUGCAAUAAUAAGCACCAUAACGUUGCCGGAUAGCGGUGAAAAUGUACAAGGCGAUGAUUUCAAUAUUUUAGAGUCGGCAAAUGCUAUACAUGCGCAAUGGAUCAGUUUGAAAAAUGUCUUCAACGCCGACGUUUACAAAGGAUUUUUGGGCUUUGCCAGCUGGUGGAGUUAUUUUACGCUUUUCACCUCUUCAGCUUUGGGUAUUGUGUAUCAGUCAUAUUUUAGCAAAACAUGAAGUUGACUGAUUUGUUUGACAGUCAAAAAUACAUGCAGUUUCGGAUACUUUCGAAUUUUUUUCUGAUUUUGAAAUUUUU